CCCUGUGCUUGGAAAGGGCUGAUACAUGAUCUAGUUAAGCGAUAAGACACAGGCAGACAAACGAUAAUGCUGGAAAGCUUUCUAUGCCCAGUAAGGUUUGAAAAGUGCUUCAAACUCAGCCAAAAGACAAGGCAGUAUUUGGGAUUUUUCUAGAUAUGUCUCUAUGCAGGAAUCACUAUUUGAAAAUAAUAGCAGUAAUCACAGAGCUUGUAAACAAUGGCUGGAUGGGGUUUUCUUAGUGAGCUGUGAAUGACUGUUGUAAAGCAGAGCAAGAAAGAACAGGCAUCCUUCCUAGUUUGUCUCCCCUCUUCUUCAUCCACAGAGGAUGUAGAUGUCUGGGAGCCACAAGACAAGAAGGGCAGCAGGCAGAAAGGUGCAAGUGGUUCUGAAACAGCCCCAGCCAGUCAAGAGAGGAAGAGCUCUGACAAGGAAGGCAAGACAGAAGGACAUCCUACCAUGAAGCCGUUCACGGACGAAGACGUAGAGUAUUACCUCCAGACCAAGGUGGAACAGCGACACCUCCUGGUGUCCAAAACAGUGGAUGAAGUGCAGAUGAUGAUCCAGCAACUGACCACAGAAGUUAGCUGCAGGGACAUACGAUUCCAGCCCAUCUCCAACUCUGGCAUUCACAAUGAGAAUUUUAAGGUCUUAACACCUAGCCAGUUCCUCAUGACUGUCCCACUGCGUGGCCUGACUGGGUACAAGGAGCACCAGGUGCGGCGCUGGCGGUAUUACACUGUGCAAGGGGAAAAGCUCCUCUCCUCGGUGCGGAACCCAGAGGAGCUGCACCAGUGGCUGGAGGUGGAGCAGUUUUCAAAGAGCCUCCAGCAGUGGCAUGACACGGAUAUGAACUUCGAAGGUGAUCUUGUUCCAGCCAAAGUCCUUGCUGUCUUCCGGGACCUGGUGGAGAAGUCGAUUAUAACCUGUGAUCUCUCCAGGAAAAUCAGCCUUCUGGAGAGCUUCAGCUCAGUGGUGCGAGUUGCUGUGGAAACGUCAAACCUUCAAGUAGAGGUGGAGCUGGUGCCUACUGUGGAGAUCUUAACCUGCUGGCCAGAGAAGGCCCGGUGGCCUCGCUGCCUCAGGCGCUGGCCUUCCCAGGAGAAAGUGCAAUGUGUGAAGUCAUUUGGCUUUAACCUCUUGGCCCGCUCCAAUUACCACUGGCAGCUGGGCUUCUCUCGAGCUGAGCGCCUAUUGAUGGAGGGCAUUGAUGAGGAUGGAGGGUGCCGCAUGAAGUGCUUCCGGGUCAUGAGGCAGAUGAAGGAAGACAUCUGGUGCAAAGGAAACAAGCCUGUUCUCACUUCCUACCACCUCCAAAUGGUGCUGCUCUGGACCUGUGAGAAGUACCCGCGUGCCAAGGACUGGCGCUAUUUCCGGGAGGGCUUCCUGCGCUUGGUGCGGAAGCUGCACAAGUGUGUGAGCCAGCACUUCCUGAAGCACUACUUCCUCAGGGAUGCAAACCUGUUCCAGUAUGCCAACACCAGUGACCUGGACCUGGUGGCAGGCAAGCUGAUCGUAUUCCUGGAGAACCCUGUGAUCUGCCUGGACUGAACUACCAGUGCCUCCCCAUCCAGUCCCGUCCAUACCCCAAGCUCCUUUUGUAGCUUGUGGUUGCUCUUCCUGCCCUUCCACAGACACUGUGAUCAAGUGCAUCAUGAAACAGAAGAGUCCAACUGGGUAUGGGUAGAGACCAAGACCACAUGCCAAGACAGUGCCAUGUGCCAUCUGUAGUUUAAGUCACUGCCAUCCAACCCCCUAAGCCACCAGGCAGAGCAGCACAGCCCCCCGUAGUGGUCAGUCCUGUAAUGUCUAAACCAAAGGCAGCAUGAGCUAGUGGCAAGAGCAAGGAGCUGCCACCCACUCUGUAACCAUGUGCAUGUCACUUCACCUCUCUGUGUCUCCCCACACUGAUGUUUUAAACUGGGUUAAUCUCUACUUUCCUCAGCAGCUUGUUGAAAGGAUAGAGGACUGAGCACAUCUAGGGAAUGCAGAGGUGUUUGGAUGGAAGUUUCUGCUGGAGCACCAUGUAUUGUUAUUGCCAGUGCCCCAUCUGCAGCUCCACAGAACUUCCACUCUCUGUAAAGACAAUUUAAUAGAUCAUUGCAUUGAAUAGUCCAAUUGCUUGUUUUUGUCUUCUCCUCUGCUGUCUUCCCUGUUGAUUUUUGUCCCUAGAUUUUUCCUUGGGAGGGCAGGAGGGGGAGAGGAGCUCUCUACCUUUGCCUUUCCCACCCUUCCCAGUGCCACACAGCACAUGCAGUGAAGAUGUUUGCCAUGAGGGGCAUCUUGCUCCUCUGGCUCUGCCCAGCUGGCCAAGGGAUAAACAGAUUUCUUGGCUUUUGGUCCCUUUGUCAUUCCAGGUGGUAAAAGACAGCAGAAGAAUUUUCUACGAGGUCCAGCACUUAUAUUUUUUUUCAAAGCAAUAUGUUCAAUAUUACAAUACCCAACACUAUUUUCAAAGCAAAGUCCCAGUGUUUCAAGGAAACAAGUUUUGAGGUAACCGUUUGUUUUGGUGUCA